AUGGCGGCGACUACUGUGGAUGCCUUGGUCCCUGACGACGCCCGGGUCGAACACCACAAUGCCAAGAUCGGAGCCUACAACUACCACUACUUGCUAGCCAAUCCUCCCAACGGCGUCACUCCCGUGGACACCAUUCUCCUGUGCCACGGAUGGCCCGACCUGAGCGCCGCCUGGCGCAACCAGGUUCCGUUCUUACUGUCCCUCAACCUGCGGGUCAUUGUACCCGACAUGCUAGGCUAUGGCCAGACAUCGGCGCCUCAUGAUUUCAACGAGUACAGCUUCAAGAAGCUCUCAGCACACAUGCGGGAGUUAGUCGAGCAGGUCUGCGGCAGGAACCCGCGCAUCAUCCUAGGCGGCCACGACUGGGGAGGUGCAUUCGUCUGGCGCAUGGCCAUCUGGCAAUCCGACAUAGUCUCGGCCGUCUUCAGUUUAAAUGUGCCGUACACGCCGGCCCUGCCCGUAUACGUCGAUACGGAGCAGAUCGUGCAAAGGAUUCCCACUUUCAAAUACCAGCUGCAGCUCGCCUCGCCCGUCGCGGAGCAAAUCAUCGAUAAGAGCCCUGACCGCCUGCGUGCCUUCCUCAACGGCAUAUACGGCGGCAAGACGCCCGACGGCCAAUUUAUCUUCAGCGCUGAGCAUGGCAUCAACGAGGAGAAUCUGGAUAAGGGCGUUGGUCCCGCUGCGCUGAUGAGCCAAGAAUGGGUCGAUCACUACGUGCGCGAGUUCAGUAGGAGCGGGUUCCAUGGGCCGACGAACUGGUAUCGCACGCGGAAGCCCAAUUUCGAGGAGGAGCUUGAGUUGACUAAAAUCCCAGGCGGGUUCAAGUUCCAGAUCCCCUGUAUGGUCGUCAUGGGCGAGAAGGACAUUGCGCUUCCGCCUAAGCUUGCUGAUGGCAUGGAGAAGUGGUUCGCGGGGUCGUUGAGGAAGGAGGUCGCUCUGGGCGUGGGGCAUUGGGCUAUGUGGGAGGAUCCCGUGGCCAUCAAUAAGCUCAUUGGCCAGUUUAUUGGGAGCGUGCUUGACGAGAAGGUGCAAGGAAAGCUGUGA